CAGGAUGUGUAAUUUUAAAACGGUGAUAGCACAGCUCCUAUUGGAUAAAUUCUGGUAUCCGAUUUGUUUUAGGACGGGGUCUUUGGACUAUAUAUUCUGGUUAUACACGGAAUUACACCACAUAUCAUUGAUCGAGCAUUGUCUGCUGAUAACCAUUGAGCUAGAAUAGCACUAUUGUCACCCACCACGGUUACACGAAGGACCUACUUUACAAUAACAAGAAGUACAACAGCCGAUACCAAGAGGGUAACACUGUAAUAAAUCCAUAGAAUUCGAUAGAUUUGAUACGCCGGUUUUUCCUGAUUGAAGCAAUGGCCACAAAAGAGUAUCUAUCUUUUGAUGACUUGAAUGCGCUCGAUAGCAGUCCAGUGCAAGUAAAAGAUUCGUUUAAAAAGAUGUAUAGGACAGACCCUGAUGGCAUAGCUUUAAACAAAGAAACAUACUUUAAGGCUGUCAAACCAGCUAUUACAGAGCAAUAUGGUCACUAUGCCUACAAAACUGCAGGCCAAUAUCAGUUUACAAGUGGCAGUGUAACUGAAAAGGGUGAUGCUAUUGUUGGAUCAUCCACAGUUCGGAACGAAAGUGAUACUAUGUCUUCAAUGACCGUAAAUGUUCAGGGAGAAUGGAAUGACACAACAAGCUACUCAACCUCAAGUACAACUGGUUUAACAUUCUCUAAUGAAAUUACAAUUGAAGGUUUCUUUAAAACUGGUACUGAAUUUUCCUUUUCUGUUACAUCUGAAAAAUCUGAGUCAAAGAGCGUUAGAAAGACAAGUAGCACAUCAGUAACAGUUGAUGUGCCUCCAAGAUCAAAAGUAACAGUCACUAUGACUGGCAUAUUGACGAUAGAAAAAAUGGAAUUUAAAGUUCCAAUUGAUGUAAGUGGUAUGUUUGGUGCAAACUUCCCAAAGAGAGUCAAAGACCAUUAUUUUUGGUUUAGAGAUGUACACUCUGUGCUGCCAAAAACAAGCGGAGAAAUUAGUGGCGUUAUCGAAAAUACCAAUGUACUCAAGGUUGAUACUGUAAUCACAAAGGCUGUUCCUAUUUAGUGAGUCUUUUAUGUUACGUUACAACCAUUUUCAGAUCUGGUAUUAAAUUCGAUGUAUCAAAAUAUCGCCCUAUUUCAAUUUUCUCAAUAUUCUCCAAAGACCUUACAAAAUUUAUAUAUGGCGAAACUCUUAAGCUUAUCCCCAAAUUAUAGCUAACAAUAUGGGUUUAGGAAAGGUUACAAUACCUCC